AUGAAGGGUUUGGCCGCUUUCGUUGCUGCUGCAAGUGCUUAUAGCUCCUAUGACUACUACGACUACUCUAGUUCCUCCAGCAUGGACGGCACAUACAAUGACUGUGGCGGAGACAUUACACCUGACCAGACGAUCAUCGCCCCCACAAAAAACGGCAUCUACUACAACAACCUGUUCUGCCCCUGGUACAUCGAGCUUGAUGCCUCGGUCACGUCGUUUGAACUCGUCGCAAGAACCUUUGAUGUCGAGUAUAACAGUGACUCCUGUGCUGGCUGCAGCUGCGACAGGCUGCACGUCAAGUUCACAAACGCUGACGGAAAUGACGAUGAAGUGAAUUUCUGCGGCCCAAACGAUCUUCCUUCUCGGCGACGACGAAACGCGGUAGGCCGCGGUUAUGCUAAUCCAGUCGUCACUGGAUUGGACAGAUUCACCGUCUACGGGAACACUGCUGACUUGACUUUCUACACGAACAACGCCACCGGAUACGGAGGAUUUCAAAUCGAUGUGAAUAUUUUAACAACAGAAUCCGACGCCCUGUCCCCAGCUGACGCUUGGGCCGAGAUUGAAGCAAAGGCUGCCGAUAUUUCCAGUUUAGUCCACGACUUCUACGCUGAUCUUCAUCACCUCGGCUCUGAAUCAAAGCUUGCGAAUAGGAAGGCUCGCCAAUUCGAUCAUUUUUUCAAAAAGAUGAAAAAUCUCGAGAAAAAAUCUUCCGCUGAUGCCUGCGACUAUCCCGUUGGCUCGAACGAUCACUCUGCUUUCCUCUCACCCAUCGAUUCCGACGACGCUUGUCAAGAAUUGCAAGGACUUUUUGACUCUCUCUUGUCUUACGCUGAUUCCUUCGUCUGCCUAAAAGACGAAAAGGAAAAAGUUGGAAGAGUGCUCAACCCUAUCUAUCGACAGAGAAACGCGAUUACUUCUAAGAGACUCAAGCAGAUGAACUGUGAUAAUUAG